AUGCCCACAAACGGAAUUAGCAAGGCCCUCAAGCUGCAGUUUGGUCUCAUCAACUAUGAGAACCGAUACCUGACGGCUGAGGCCUUUGGCUUCAAGGUGAACGCCUCGGGCAUCAGCAUGAAGAAGAAACAGAUCUGGACCUUAGAGCAGGACGAACAAGACGGUCAGGUCGUGUUUCUCCGAAGCCACCUGGGACGGUAUCUGGCCUCAGACAAAGAUGGGAAGAUGACUUGUGGGGCAGAGAAGCCUGACCCUGACUGCCGUUUUCUUAUUGUACCACAGUCUGAUGGUCGCUGGGCGUUGCAAUCAGAACCUUACCUGCGAUACUUUGGAGGUUCUGCUGAUUACCUGUCCUGCUUUGCCCAAGCCAUUGGGGAACAAGAGUUAUGGGCUGUCCAUUUGGCCUUGCACCCACAGGCUAGCCUCCUCAGCGUGGCACGUAAGCGAUAUGCCCACCUGUCUGCUUCAGAUGGAGAGAUCUCAGUGGAUAGCAACAUCCCCUGGGGAGUGGACUCUCUGGUUACCUUGGUAUACCUUGAUGGCAAGUACAGCCUGAAGACCUGCGAUGGUCGGUUCCUCAGGAAUGAUGGCAAACUGGUGAAGGAGAACAUCAAUACAACUAGCUUCACACUGGAGCUGAAGUCUGGAAAGCUGGCCUUCAAGGACUGUGAUGGGAAAUAUUUGAGCCCUGUGGGUCCCACUGGAACACUGAGAUCUGGCCGAUGCUCCAAGCCCGGAAAGGACGAGCUAUUUGAUCUGGAGGAGAGUCAUCCUCAAGUCGUGUUUCAAGCUUCCAACAAAAGAUUUGUCUCAGUCAAGCAAGGAAUGAGUAUUUCAGCCAAUCAGGAUGUGGAGACAGAUAUGGAGACGUUCCAAAUGGAGAUUCAUAAGGACAGCAAAAAGCCAAUGUUCAGGACAAAUGGAGGAUCCUAUUGGACUCUCGUGUCUCACGGAGAGAUUCAGUCCACCGCCACAGAAGUAGAGGUCAACACAAUGUUUGACGUUGAAUGGCGAGGAAAGAGGGUAGCCCUCAAAGCAAGUAACGGAAAGUAUGUUUGCACAAAGAAGAAUGGGCAGCUCUCAGCGGUCAGCGAUACAGUCGGUGAAGGUGAAUUAUUCCUGAUGAAACUCAUCAAUCGUCCGAUGCUGAUUCUUCGUGGAGAGAACGGCUUUGUGUGCCACCAUAAGAGCUCCAACACUCUGGAUGCAAAUCGAUCAGUCUAUGACAUUUUCUCAUUGAUCUUCAGUGAUGGCGCCUACGUUAUAAAAAGUGCAAACGGAACGUUCUGGUACGUCUCUAGCAGCGGCCUGGUGUGCACAGACGGAGAAAAGCCUGAGGACUUUUUCCUUGAGUUCGUGGAACACGGAUGCAUCGCUAUCAAAGGCUCUAAUGGCAAGUACCUUCGAGGAGACAAGGGAGGUACGCUUAUGGGGGAUGCAACGACGAUUGAUACAUCUUCUCUCUGGGAAUACUGA